AACACGUCAGAGCACGUACGUCCCAAGCACCUCACGGCACCAGCUAACGUUAGCCAGCCUGCUAACACCCGUUUCAAAUGUCCAACGUUCACUAGCUGCCGUGUGCUCACGGUUCCAUCCCCGGAGGCGGAGCUCCACUGCCCCCGCUGCGGCCCCGGUGAGAGGCGGGCUGAGCUCCGGCGGCCGCGGCUCGAGCCACACCCUCCUCCGCUUGUUGUUGUCGUUCUCACCGACAGCCGCGCGCCGUGUGGCUCGUGCGAUCCUCCCCUUCGUCUCGCGCGGAGAGCCGGGCCCGCCGCGCGCAUGCAGCAGAAUGGCUCGAGCGGCUCCAACGGUUCGGACGGCUGUAGCGGCGGCGGCAGCGGUGGCGGAGGCAGGGACCGACAGGCGCUGUCCUUCAGCCCCCUGCCCGCCGCCACGACGAGGGUGAGACGGUUCAUUCAGGAGAGACGGACACUGCCGCUGCCCAGAGUGAUGGUGGUUUUCUCGGCGGCGGGGGACACCGAGAAACCGAGCGAUGCCAUGUCCAGCUCGGAGUCUGCGGAGGAUGAGUUCCGAAAGCCGGCCUCCCCGACACCGAACCUCGCCCUGAGCAAGCCGCUCCGGCCCCCGCUGGGCAGCCAGGAGCAGGAGUUUCCAGAGGUGAUCUCUCUCAAUGUCGGGGGAACGUACUUCACCACUCGCCUGUCCACGCUGCGGCGCUACGAGGACACCAUGCUGGCGGCCAUGUUCAGCGGGCGUCAUUACAUCCCACGUGAUGCUGAGGGGCGCUACUUCAUCGAUCGGGAUGGAGCGUAUUUUGGGGACAUCCUGAACUUCCUCAGGGAAGGAGAGCUUCCUCACCGGGACCGAGUCAGAGCGGUGCACAGAGAGGCUCAGUACUACGCCAUCGGCCCGCUGCUGGACAGCCUGGAGGACAUCCAGCCGCUCACAGGGGAGAAGGUCCGACAAGCAUUCCUCGAUCUGCUGCCCUACUACAAAGACAAUCUGGAGCGCAUUGUGGAGAUUGCCAAACUGAGGGCGAUGCAGAAAAAGGCCAGAUUUGCAAAGCUAAAGAUCUGCGUCUACAAGGAGGAGAUGCCCAUCACGCCGUACGAGCGUCCUCUCUUUAACUCUCUGCGCUUUGAGCGCUCGGACAGCGAGGCCAAACUCUUUGAGCAUCACUGCGAGGUGGACGUCACCUUCGGGCCGUGGGAGGCGGUGGCAGACGUCUACGACCUGCUGCACUGCAUCGUCAGCGACCUGGCCGAGCGAGGCAUCGCCGCCGAGCAGCAGUGCAUCGGCGUCUGCGACAAACACCUCAUCAACCAUUACUACUGCAAGAGGCCCAUCUACGAGUUUAAGAUCACGUGGUGGUGAAGCUCCAGGAGACGGUCGCAGCAGAUCGGACCAAAAAGCAAACAGAGGGACGUCUCACUUUUACUGCAGCUCGGCCGAUAUUGGUUUUGUAUCGACGUUGCCAAUAUUUUGUGCUGAUGUCUUAAAUGUGACCCUUUAAAUCACGCUGUAAGUAUUUUCUGUUUCUCCCAAAUAUUUUUCUUUUCCUUCCCGUUAAAGCGACAGAACCUCUGAAGGAAACAAUUUAAACCCUUCAUAGUGAAUCCAGGGUAAUAAAAACUCUGCUGCUACUUUACAGAGCAGCUGAACUAAACGUCCUGUUUCUGCUGACCUCCACAGGUUUAACUGCUCACCUCGAUGCAAUGAUGUACAGGUGUCCUCAGGUGCCUCAUGACAUCACUGUUAGGUGUAGUUAGAGGUCAACUUCCUGCACCCAUUCGUCAUGAAGGAGCUUUCAGUUGGAGAGGUCAGACAGUCUCUGCUGUUCAGCCUGCCAGUAAGUUAUUUUAUUUUAAAUGAGGACACAUGAUUUAACUACCUUUAAGUCCAGCUGUGUUUCUCAGUCUCCACAGGAAGCAUUCAGCCACAGUACUGUUCAUAGAAGUAAUCAGUAGUUAUGCAUGAAAAGGCUAUAAGAUAAUAUAUAUGCAUCAAGUUUCAGCUUUGCACUUACAGCAAAAAUAAAAUUCAGCUUCUGUGACUGGUUUGAUGAAAACCGAAGCUCUUCUGUUCUGUCAGACACACAUGAAACUCACAAAUUAAAAAUCUGACAGAGAGACGGUGGAGCAGGAGGCGUUUUUGGUGUCUGACCAUCUUCACUUUAAAUCAAAACAGCGUUUGAAGUAAAGACUUUACCCCUUUGAUGCACAUUAUGGGUCAAAAGAUCCCCACAUUCAAUGGAAUAUUCAAUGGAAUAUGGGGAUCUUUUGACCCGUGUUGUGAAAACUGAAAGUUCUAGGUUCUUUGGUGCAACUGUGAAGCUUUUAGUGACCAACAGUCACAUGGCAAGAAUUCAGGAGCUUUUCAGCUGAACUGCAGGCAGUGUUUACACAGAGCAGACAGGAGACAAGUCUGGAAACGCGUUAAAAGUGGUGAUUUUGUUGUAGGAUUUAUGGCGUUUUCAGUGUAUCGUAGAGUACAGCCAAAAGCAGGUUUGAAAGACGUGUUAUCUUUUUAAAAAAUGUCAGAAAUUGCAGCAUUUAUCAGCAACAGAAACUGUAAUAAAUAGAGAGAAUUGUCUAGAGUCCAACUGUUGGGGAAAUCUGCCAAAUUUAAACUUAAAAUUGUGAUAUUUUGUAAAAAUCACCUUGUCCUACUCAUCUUGUUUUUAACAAAUGCCAAAAAUGAGCAAUAUGCGUCAGCCAGAUUGUGCAGAAAGAAUCAAGAUUUUAGAUUUUCUGACGAGUGUAACCAAUCUAAAAUCACUUUAGUACAAUAUGUCUUUGUAUUGACCCUUGUUGAGCAUCAGAAGGUUAAAUGAGGCUGUUUAACUUUUACAGAACAGCAGCUAGCGAGUAAAAUGACUGAUGUCAGUUUUCUAUCUGUGUUGUUUAGCGAAGAUUAACCACCGUAAGCUGCCAAAAUGUUUUACUUCUGUUUUCAUUUAACUGUAUUUUCUCCAGUUUCAGAAGUUACAUAGUCCAGUUUAGAGGCUGUAACCUCAAACCAAAAUGUGUUUUUGGGCUUGAAAUCCAUGUAGUUUCAGCUUUGGCAUGUAACUUUGGUCAUUUCUGUCUGAUUCCAGAGCUUUACUGUGGCUGAAAGCAUCGAUGAGGGACUGAAACUACAGCUGAUAGCGUUAAAUUAAACAUCUGAAUGUAAGAAUUGUGCAAAAAAUCGGAAGUGGGUGACAUGACUGUAUCUCUACUUUAAAAGCCAUUUCAGCCCAUUUCCCUUUCCAUCCUUCAUAUAUUAUUGUUUCUUCAUGUCUGAUUUAUCAGUGUAAGUGUAGCUUCGCCCUGAUGUGGAUGGAUUGAUGGAUUCACCACAUUUCCAGAACUUCACUUGAAGAAACCACCUUGUAGUAAAUAUUGAAUAUUGUAUAAGUAAGUAAACUGAAGUAAAAUCUGUAUAUUUUAGGACUAAGUUUUGUUUCAGAAGUAACCGUGAGAGUAUAUUUUCCUUAUGCAGCCUCGUAUGAAGCGUGUUUUUACAGAGAGUAGCUCAGCUGUGGAGGACUGAAGGAAGCCGGACUCGUUGCACACUAAUGAAUAUUUACAGUCGUCUGAGGAAAACAUGACGUUUUUUUAUCGUCACUGUCAGAGAUCUUUAAUCUAAAGUCAUUAUUUUUCCACCUCUUUGGACAUUACUUCUCCUACUGUACUUGAUAAAGCCUGAGCACCUUGUGUUUGCAGCAGAGAUGUUUUAUUUGUGCAGUGAUCGUUCCAGGUGUGACCCUCAGUGGUAAGAAUCACUUUUCUUCACUAAGAAGCCGUCAUGCUUAUUUUGUUCACGUUUCUUUGAUCAGAUGAUGCAAAAGAGACGCUGCCGCCUUCCUCCGGAGCGCUCUCGAUUAUUUACGAUGUUAUGUUUGCGUUGUUUCUAAAGUUUUUAUAUGGUUAUUUAUCUGUUUGUGUUAGCUUCUAGGAAGCUCUAGUUCUAUAGUUGUCUUCAGUUUGUUUGUAGUGACGAAGCAACGUGUCGUUUUUAUUAUUUAUGGUAAAAUUAAAACUGUUGAAAGCA